CUCUGCCGAACACGCGCGUGAGGCUCAACGAAGUGUUUGCGAGAGGGCGUUAAAAUCCGAUCUCGGAAGAGCAAGUGUGCUGAUGCUUUUUGCUGCUUAAAGCCAGUGACGGUGAUGGCGCGCGUCCACAUGCUGCUGGCCUUGGUGGUUCUGCCGCUGGCACUUGCCUCUGACUCACGGAAAUCAUUUUAUCGCUUCAGGAGAGGCCUUGUUGAGGGCAGCUCUCGUCCAGGGUGCGAGCCAAUCGUCGUAUCCUUGUGCCAGAAUCUGUCUUACAGGACCACGACGGUCGAACUGCCUCACCAUGCCUCCCAGACAGAAGCCGAAGAAGAUAUGUACAGCCGGUUUUCCCCUUUACUCGAAUCCGACUGCUCCCCCGACCUUCGCAAGUUCCUCUGUGGUAUGUACGUGCCGGAGUGCGGGGGGGCUGGCCCUGCGUCUGCGCUGCCGUGUCGAGGUCUCUGUCUUGCUGCACGGGAUCGCUGCCGGGGGGGCGGGAACAGCUCCUUCUCGUGGCCUCAGACGCUUCGGUGUGACAGGUUCCCAAGGGAGGGCCAGGGCGAGGAAUGCUGGAAUGGAAAUGUAAGCAACGAUAUGUCUGGCUUGCAUGCUGGUGCAAAUCGAGGGAUCCAGUCGCGGGAUACAACAGAGAAGCUGAGUUACAAGUGUGAACAAAUCGAUAUUACUUUAUGCCAAGGACUGUCUUACAACUUAACGAUUCUCCCAAAUCUGUUCAAUCAUACAACACAAGAAGAAGCCGGUCUAGAAGUUCACCAGUUCUUUCCUCUCGUCAAAGUGCUGUGUUCUCCAGAUCUACAAAGCUUCUUAUGCAGUGUUUAUGUCCCGGUUUGUAACGCAGUAGGACGGCCAUUUCCUCCCUGCCAAAGACUUUGUGUUUCUGCAAGGGAUGGUUGUGAAAGUCUAAUGAACAAGUUUGGCUUUCAGUGGCCAGCCUCUCUAGAAUGUGGCAAGUACCCGGACGGUACAGAGUGUUGGGAUGGCAAUGCACUGUCUCUUUCCAGCAGCAGUGUUGGAACAAGCCAAACACCACCACCUAAAGAUCUGCCAAGUACUUCUCUUCCAGGGCCUAAAUGUGAGCCUCUUUCAGUACCUUUGUGUAAGAGUAUGAGUUACAACCAAACAAUUUUUCCAAACUUAUUGAGCCACACUUCUCAAGCUGAAGCUGCUCGAGAACUGGAACAGUUCAUUCCUCUUUUACGUAGCAAGUGUUCACCUCAUCUGGAACUCUUCCUGUGCAGCAUGUAUGCCCCUGUGUGUACAAUCCUUGAUAAACCUAUCCCACCUUGUAGAAACCUUUGUGUGACCUUGAGGAGGGAUUGUGCAGACACAAUUAGAGGCUAG